CAAGGAGAAGGUAGCCGGCAUCGACAUUUCUUUUUGCAACAUGAUGCUGAAGAAGACCUUAUCCAAAGUUCAAACUAGUCUCGACAGGCAUCCAAAGACUUGUUUGCAAACAUACAUUCCAAACAAGAAUGUGGACAUUGAAUGGAUAAUAAAUGAUCUAAAAAAACAUUUUGGAAUAGAAUGUGAAAUGGAAUUCUUAUCGUCCUUACCGACUUAUUCUUCCUCACCAGAUAUGAGGUCUGAAUUGAUCAAUAUUUUCUGUGGAAAUAAAAGACAAUUGAUUUUUCUUGACCCUGAACAACUAGAGGAAGUCACGCUGAGCAUACUGGAAUCAGUCAUUUUGUUUUCAUUCGGUUCUUAUGGAAAUAUACGUCCAAUAAUAAUUGUUUUAUUGAAACCAAUUCUUCCAGAAUUAGAAGUUUUGCAUCCAAUUCUGAGUGUGAUCAAAGCCGUGGGAAAUUGCAUUGAAUUCAAUCGGAAUAAGGAUAUUGCUUGUAGCAUAUCAAAUUCUUUUAAAUGUGAUAUAACGACAGAGGAAACAGUUCCACCCGAGGUAGUGGGCAAGGGUAUUGAAGCUGUCUGUCGAUACCUUGGAUACAAAGAAAAGGGAUCAUUGAAGAUUUUUCAAGCGAGAGGAAUGAUUGUGGGAUGUGCAGGUGCCGGUAAAACAACACUUCUUCGCCGCAUGAUAGGCCAAGACGUUAAAAAAAUCAAAGAUGAAGUAACAUCAACUAGAGGUCUUCAGAUUUACAGAAGUGUGUUUGUAUUGGACAACCAUUCUCUUAUCAGUUUGAACAAAAGCGAGAAAACCUUAUUAAGUAAGAACGGACAGCUAACAUGGAAAAUCCGGGAAGAGGGAGGGGAGGGGCUGUUUAUCAAGGCUAAACUAUACUUUUG